AUGAUUAUUUCAGCAUCACUCAACCCUGUUGAUAUUGAAGCUCCAGAGAAACCUCUCAGCAAAAGAGGAAGUGGAGUAGAUAUAGUAGAUUCAAGUCUCCAUGUGAAUGAUCAGAACAAAUGGGACUUUAAUAUCAAAUUUGAUUUGAUUUUAAUGACAGGAAAGAGGAAAAUAGGCAAACACGAUUUGAAAAGAUUGCUGCAAGUGCAGAUAUCCCAAUGUUGGUGUGGAGAUUUCCAUUCAGUUCCUGAAAGUGCUUCUCAUGCCCUCCUUGCCAUGGGGAAAGUUGAUCAAAUGCAUCCAGAUUUAGCAGUAGACCCAUUUCAAAUUCUUCGUUCUUUGCUUAACAUUUCUGGUUGUGAUAUUCUACUCAAAAAGGUAAGUACGUACUCAUCCUUUGCAAGAGUUGUAGUUAGUCGUGGUCUAGAACAGAGAAGGAAAAUGGCUUCUAGGACAAAUGAACCCCUAUUUACGAACUGCACCAGAAAUUGUAUUAGUACUCAUGAUUACAUAUUCUAUUCACGUAUCUAUUUGAUGUUUUGUGCUGGUCACAUUUUGUUUCAGUUUGUUUGGAACUCCUUAACUGUGGAGUCACUGUUGGUGCUUUUGGAUGAGGAUAGCUUGCGAAAAGAUACAACCCUUCCUUCUCCAGAGUGGUCUGAUGAUCAUAUAGCACUCUUAGUUGAAUUCCGCUGCAAACAUAGAAAUAGACAAUGGCACUAG